CUGGCAACUAUUGUUUAUCAAGUCGGUUUGUUGACUUUAAGGGCUAGAAAAGUGAAAUGUUGUUUACAUAGCGUUGAGGAAAAAGAAAACUUAUUAAAAUUUAUUUAGAAUGGCUUCAAUAGAAAAAGUAAAAAUUUUGGUGGUUGGAGAUUCGGGUGUUGGGAAAUCUUCUUUGGUUCAUCUGAUCUGCCAUUUUGAAGCAAUCACUAACCCUUCAUGGACAAUUGGAUGUUCUGUUGAAGUAAAGCUUCAUGAAUAUAAAGAAGGAACACCUUUUCAGAAGACUUAUUUUGUAGAACUGUGGGAUGUUGGAGGUUCCAGCAGUCAUAGAAACAGCAGAGCUGUAUUUUAUAAUUCCUUCCAUGGUAUAAUAUUAGUUCAUGAUUUGACAAAUCGAAAAUCAAAACAGAAUCUCAGAAAAUGGCUUGCUGAGGUUUUGUGGAAAGAUACUUCACCAAAAAAAAACAAUGGUUGUUUGUUUCUUGGAAACCAUGGUGUUGGUGUGACUAAUCUCACAUGUCUGACAGUAGCAUCAGAACUAGCCAACGAAAUUCAUCGUCGCAAGGAGUGCAAGAUUGCGCCUGUCAUUGGCAAGAGCUUUGAGCAUCAUCCAGGUGGCAGUAUGACUUUGCUCAGUUCUACCCCCAAUUUUGAAGUAAAGCACUUUGUGUGGAUCGUCACCAAAAAGACUAACAAUGUAGCUGUUUCAUAA